GAAUUUUUCGGUAAAUGGAUAAUCGUUCAUCAAGGUCCACACCCAAUCUUGGAGUAUCGGAAAACUUUAGAUGGAUCACCAACCAACACUCCCACCUCACAUACUCCUGUUUCCUCUGCCCCUUCAGGGCCAUGUGAACUCCAUGCUGAAGCUAGCCGAGCUUCUCUGCCUUCAAGACCUCCAUGUCACCAUGCUCGUCUCCGACUACUGCCACAGUCGCCUCCUUCGCCACGGCAAUAUCCAAUCUGGCUCCCUUCUCCAUCCUGCAAUUUGCUUCAAGACUAUACUGGAUGGCCUUCCUGAAGACCAUCCGCGUGUAGGUGAACGAGUUUUGGAAGUUAUGCCUCCUGAUGUAACAGGACCCCUUUUCAGGGAGUUGAUGACAUCCACUGAUUUCUUGGGCUCUGAAACCCGGAGGCCUGUGACGUGCAUCAUAGCAGACGGGAUCCUGAAGUUUGCAGGUGAUUUUGCUUUAGAAAAGGGAAUACCACUCAUUUAUUUCCACACCAUCAGCGCUUCCUCCUAUUGGGCUUCUUUCUGUAUUUUUCAACUCAUUGAAGCAGAUGAAAUUCCCUUGAAAGGAAAUGGCAUGGACUCACCUGUAACAAGUGUUCCGGGCAUGGAAGGUCUUCUCCGGCGGCGUGAUCUCCCUAGUUUUUUCCGUGCCAAUGAUAUAAAUGACCCGCAUAUCCAAUUGACAAAGACUGGAAUUAGAAAAGAUCUUCUAGCCCAUGCUGUCAUAAAGAACACCUUUGAUGACUUAGAAGGACCCGUACUCUCUCAGAUGCGCACUCACUUCCCCAAUAUAUACAGCAUCGGACCAUUGCAUGCUCACCGGAGAACCAGACUCGGUGCUGAGACGAUGUCAACCACCUCGGGUAGUUUCUGGGGAGAUGACCGGAAAUGCUUGACGUGGCUGGAUUCACAGCCGUCCAAAUCCGUCAUCUAUGUGAGCUUUGGAAGUAUCACUAUCAUGACAAGGGAGCAACACAUGGAGUUCUGGUACGGCUUGGUGAAUAGUGGGCAGCGAUUCUUGUGGGUCAUACGGCCGGACUUUAUUGCUGCCGGCGAAGAUGGGGAGAGUCAAAUUCCGGGGGAGCUGGAGGAAGCUACGAGAGAAAGAGGGUACAUGGUGGAUUGGGCCCCACAGGAAGAGGUGUUGGCACACCCUUCCAUUGGUGGAUUUCUGACCCACAGUGGGUGGAAUUCGACUUUGGAGAGUAUCACUGCUGGAGUGCCGAUGAUAUGCUGGCCUUACUUUGCAGACCAAAUGGUUAAUAGUAGGUUAGUGAGUGAGGUUUGGAAGCUUGGUUUGGACAUGAAAGAUACGUGUGAUCGAGUCAUGAUUGAGAAGAUGGUUAGAGAUGUAAUGGAAAUGAGGAAGGAGUUGUUCCAGGAACGAGCGAAUCAGAUGGCAAAGAAGGCCAAGCGAGCUGUGAGUGAAGAUGGAUCAUCCUACUGUAAUUUGAACCGUCUAAUUCAGGACAUAAAAUCAAUGAUUGUGUGAGCAUACAUGUAAUGAGAUGUUAUUCAUAUUAAAACUAGACUUUUGAAGCUAAGUGAGGAUCUCAAAAUAACUGUUACAGUUUCUCCCUUGUUCUAUCACAUGCACACUUCGUGAAUGUGUCCGUAUCUGGGGCUGUGUAUCUCUCUCAAUAACAAAUGUGGAUUAGUUGUAUGUCUAUGAGAAAAUGAAUGAGUUGGCAGUAGUGAACACUCCGGUACUCUUGAAUUCUUGCAUGCUGGCAAAUAUUAUGGAACUCAUAGCUCCACAGUACAAAAGAAUUGUCUGGGAUUGUGCACGCCAUCUACCCCGUGUAGUUGUGUCCCCGAAAGUAUCUAUCCGGCGAAUACGAUGAAUGAUCUUUAUUUAUCUUGGAAACUUACUACUACUCUUUAAAAUCUUUGAAAAUAAAAAGCUUUCAAUGUUCUUUAUAUGUUUUAAUUCUAGUGAAGAAUCUUGGGUAAUUAAAUAAAAAUGUAAGAUAAAUA